GAACAAUUUGUUAUAAUGUUAAGAUUUUUACAGCAGAAAUGGCAUUUUAGUUUCAACAGGUUACUGCAAUUCGAUUACCCAAACCAUGGCCAGUGGCAUCAUGGAUACCCCAGUCAAUAUUACAGUCAGUACGGACAACCUUACGAGGACAGCGAAAGGUUCACAAGUCAGAGAGGCUCGCGAGUCCAGACCCCGGGCUCGCUCUCUGACACGGGAGAGCACCAAGAUUACGAUGGGUACCGCCAAUAUCAUGGAUCCCGUUCCUCCAGUCGUCAAGGUUACGAUGACUACACACGUGCCCAGUGGGAUGCAUAUUAUGCCAACUACAACAGGGGUUAUGGUUACGGAUAUGAUUAUGAUCAGGGCUAUGUUCAAGAAACAGCUCCUAGUAGGAUGACCCCAGUCAAACAUUCCAUUCCUCAUACCUGCAUCAGAUUUGGCCCUGGAGGUCAUCUUGUCAAGGUCAUGCCAAAUCGACCUUCUGAAGGUCAGCCGGCUACUGUGGAGAUCCAUGACCUGAAUGAGAUGUUACAAGACAACCCCGAGACAGAGGAACUGAAGAACUUCCCCGGGCCACUUGUCAGGGGUGAUACCCAUAAGAAUGAUGUUCUGACCUACUGCCAGGCUAAAGCCAAGACUUCAGGGGAGAAUGUCCAGCUGACUGAUCGAGACUCUGCAGAGCUCAUCUGGAGGUUCCUAGAGCUGCUCAUCAAACAAAACGGGACGUUUGUUGGGACAGACAUCGCUGACUUGCUAUUGGACGGACAUGAACCUACCACUGUUGACUAUAGCAUGAUGGGAUUGAAGAUAAAUCCGAGCUCAGAUACACUGGACGAGGACUUUGAUGACACAGUAGAUAUGUCCGUCAUCACUUCAGAUAGAUCGGUUAUUUCUCGAGGCCGCAAAACCAGAGAGGAGGCGACCGAUCGCUUCAGACAUCUACUGUUGUAUGGCAGAAAGAAGGAUGCUUUGGAGUGGGCUAUGAAGAAUAACCUCUGGGGACAUGCCUUGUUUUUAGCUAGUAAAAUGGACAGCCGUGCGCAUGCUAAUGUCAUGACUAGGUUUGCCAACAGUGCCAUGAAGAUGAACGAUCCCCUGCAGACAUUGUUCCAGUUAAUGUCUUGUCGACAGCCAGCUGCUGUCACUUGUGUGGUGGAUGAGAAGUGGGGAGAUUGGAGACCACAUUUGGCCAUGAUCCUGUCUAACCCAACUGGACGGGACAUAGACAAAAAGUCCAUUAUGACCCUGGGGGAUACAUUGGCAUCCAAGGGUUUUCUACAUGCUAGUCAUUUUUGCUACAUGAUGGCUCAAGUCAACUUUGGUUCUUAUCAAAAGAAGACAGCUAAAAUGGUGCUAGUAGGAUCAAAUCACAGUUUGCCUUUAUCAGAAUUUUCAACGAAUGAGGCCAUACAAUGUACAGAAAUAUAUGAGUAUGCCAAUUCACUGGGAAACCCAUCAUAUUAUACAGUCAAUUUCCAGAGCUUUAAAUUCUUGUAUGCGUGUAGAUUGGCAGAAAAUGGAUUUGCUCAAGAGGCCUUGCAGUAUUGUGAAGCAAUUUCCCGAGUGAUCCUGCAUUCACCAACUUUGUUUCAACCUACUCUAGUCAAGCUUGUGUUUGAGCUGGGAGACCGCCUGAAGUACUUUGAUCCUCAGAAGCUUCACUCCACGGAAGAUGAAGACCCGUACUGGCUACAGCAGCUGUCAAAAAUUAACGCCGGAUUUCAGGAUGGAUCUAUCCAGCCAUUGUCUGGGAGUGUCACACCCUAUGGUGGAACUUUUGGAAUGCGGGCCGCCAGUACAGAGAGUGGAGAAGUGGCAGGUUAUAUAGCGGGUGGAGAAUCCACCAUGAUGCCACCACCACAAGUGCCAUACGGACAGGAGUCUUACCAGGCCCAGCAGAGCUACCCCACACCCGACCCUAACGUGACUCAGCAACAGACAGAUUAUUCCCAGGCCCCCAACACAUACAAUCAAUAUGGUCAACCUCAGGAAAAUCAACAACAUGCAGCUGCUGGGUAUGGUUCUCAACAAGCUGCAGAUUAUCAGAAUCACCCAGAGGCGUACAACCAGGGAGCAGAUCCUAAUGCUUAUCAAAAUACAGGAGUGGAUCCAAAUUCUCAGUGGCAGCAUCAACAACAGUUUCCUCAGAGUGGCUACCAGCAGUAUGAUCCAAACCAACAUCUAGUCAACCAACAGACAAACCAACAGACAAACAUGGGGAAUGAAAACACACAGAACUACUUUGACCCAAACUCACAAGGUCAACACACUGAGUCUCAGUUCAGUCACCACCCUGGCACCACCCAGCACCACAGGAACAGCUUGAUCUCCACCAACACGGUCACCACAGAAGACGAGGAUGAUGAUGAUGAAGAAGAAGAAGAUGACAGUCUGUCAGGGUCCCACAACGUCCCCAGUGGAUCAUCGUUUGAUUACUUCAGUGCUGUGGGGGCCAGCUCACAACAGAUUGUGGCUCCUAAGAUGAGACCCAGAACAAUAUCUGAGACCAGUACUGGCAGUGGUGGUCCCCCGUCUCAUGCCACCUCCACCACCAAAAAACCAGACACCAUACCGGAGAAAAAGACAGACUUUAAAUUGUCUGAUGAUAAAAAAUCUAAGGAGGGUUGGAGUUGGUGGCCUUUUAAGGGAAAGAAAGAGAAAAAUCCUGAUGUCAAUGAAAUGAAGCUGCCAGAUGACAAGAAACCAUCGAUUGUGUGGGAUGAUGUUAAGAAGAAGUGGAUCAACACAGAGGAGGGAGAACAGAGUAAUGAACCUCCACCCCCACCCCCUAAAGACUUCAGCAUGGGAUCCUCUAUGCAGCCCGCUAGUAAUGAAGCCCCACCUGGUGGGGGGCCUCCCAUGGGGAAUAAAUUCUCACUGAGGAAAGGUAAAGGUUCUGUGCCAAAGUAUGUGGAUGUUAUGAACAGCAGUAAGUCCUCGGGAUCAGCCAACGUUCCCACCAGUCUGUUCAAUGUCAUGCCAUCCUCACAGUCUUCUCCUGCCAUAUUUAGUCCAGGUGGAGAAUCAGACAGUCCUUCCACACAACAAGAGAACACAUCCACUGGAUGUGUAAACAGCUCACAGAGCUCAUUUUCUAGUGAAGUUCAACACUUCCUGUCUCAGGGACCUACAGAAAACACCCAGCAGCCAUCUGGUAUGCCAGUCAUGUUUAACCCUGCCCAGUUCCAGGGAGGUCAAGGUGAGGGAUUCCAGUCUGGCCCCGCCUCCACAAGGUCAUCAGAGUUGGUGACGAUGUUUAUGGGACGGUUAAUUAACGUUAGAAAACAGGAGGAUAACCACAGAAAAUUUCUUUGUGUGAUGAACGAUGUGGCAAGAAACCAACACGACUUCUACAACGCCUACAUCAAGAAAGAGCUGCAAUACAACAUAUCACGGCAGGAACGAUCCAGUGUCGCCGUCAGAAAGGCGGUAACGCAGAAAAAGAUUCUCCAAAAAUGUCUGGAGCUGAAGCGGGAAGAUACGGCGGCGUCAAAAGAUAGAAAUCUGUAUGGGCAUUAUGGAGGAAGGUCCAUCCAAUCCCUCAACAAAGACAUGGAUUCAUUUCUCGCCGAGAGACACCCCAAAGUACGCAAGAAAAAGCACAUAGACAGCGUCAUGAAGCAUAGCAAAGAGAAAGGCAUGAUUCUUGGUACGGAUAAAAUGUCGGAAAAGGUGCGUGAUUAUUUUGUAGAAAAGUGGGGUGUACAGUACCCAACGCAACAAGAACCGGAGAAAAAGGAGUCUGUAUUUGCUGCCAAAAAACGGGAAGAACAGAGGCAGGACGAACCAGAGAUUUCCUUAUCGGCGCUAUUCAAGCCGUCUUUUUUCCCGCCAAGAAACGCUUUCCGUAAGAGUGACGACUUUGACGCCAGGGAUGGCGAUUUCACCAGUCGCUCGGAUCCGACAGGUCACGUCACGGCAGAGAAGCCGAUGUACGCGAUCCCGGGGGAAGAUAAACACUGGAAUUGUAAGCGGUGUUAUCACGUAGACAAAGUCGUGCGAACACGCAGCAGACGAGCAGUCAGUGAACAUGAACCAGAUCCUCACACCAACAGACUUGUUCUGCCGCAUAUACCGAGAGUGACGUCACUGGUUCACACGGAUCGCUAGGAUCCCCAACUCCCGUGAACGCUCUAGUGCCAGUACAUGUACAUCUAAACAAGGAUCACAAUUGUUAUAGAGAAUGAACCAUUUUAGAUAUUUGAAAUGGUCAAACAUGGAAAUAUAAUCACAUAAUG